AUGAAACCAGUUGGAAAACUCUUGAAAACAGCUGAAAUUGAAGGAAAGAAUUGGAAGCAAGAACUGCAAAGGUUUCUACUUCAAUACCGUUCAACUCCUCAUCAAACUACUAAAGUCGCUCCGUGUGAACUACUUUUUAACAGACAAAUUCGGGGAUAUUUACCAGAACUCACAAGAAAAAAAGUAGUUAAUAGACACAAGAGGGCGAAGCAGAACUUGGAGCAGAAGAAAGAAGAGAACAAAGAGUACUACGACCGAAACAAAAGAACAAAGGAAGCUGGGAUCAAAAAGGAUGACAUCGUCAUUUGCAAACAGAAGAAGAACAAUAAGUUAACAUCAAAGUUUGACCCAGAACAUUAUACGGUAGAACAACGUAAGUACAACACCAUCAUAGCUAAAAGAGAUGGUAAAACGGUGAAAAGAAACGUUUCACACUUUAAGAAGGUAGUAAUGGAGGAAAGCGAGGCGGAGCAGGAAGAUACAGCACCGGGAAGAUCGACGGAAACAGAAGAACCACCAAAGCAAGAACCAAGUGUAAGGAGAUCAACAAGAAUGAAAAGACCGAUAAUACGAUAUCAGUACCAGACUUGAUGUCAUAAACAGUAAAACGAUAUAAACGUUUAAAUUAGAGAAACAUCAGACAGCAUUGAUUUGCAUAAGUAUGAACACAAGGCAAGGACAUUUUAUUAAGUGGUUGACAUUCAGUUAAAAAAAUAGAGGGAGAGUAAUGUAGUAUUUGUAGGAUGCGAUAAGUUAAUAAUUAACAUCGAAGCAUGUAACAACAUUGAUUGACAUUUGUAAUAAAUCAUCAUUCAGUCUAUUCUAUAGAUUUGUCAAAUGAAUAAUAUUGAGGAUUUAAUCAACUUGUCCAAAAUUAACGAUCUAUGUGAUAUUGAAACCGAUGUCUUGGGCGAUGCAUCCAUAUCCGAUGAUAUGCUGCUAAGUCCAAAUACUUCUACUAUAAAGGAACUCGAGGCCUUUAUUGACAAUCUUUCUAUAGCGCCUCUAAACUGAAAAAAGAACACUCUCGGGAGGCUAAUUCAAGCCAAAUCUCCAUUUUGUUACAGAACAGUAUGGUUAGUCGCGAACAAGCUCUUCCGGUUUUUAUGCAGGCUGAAAUAAACAAUGAAAUUCCUCAAAGCGUGUCCCCACCAGGAAAUGAUAAUGCUACAUCAGAUUUGGAAAACAAUAAAUUAGAAACACAAAGCAUCGAUCAAUUCAAGCCAACAACAAUAACCGCAGCAACAGCGACAGCGACAACGACAACGACAACGACAACGACAACGACAACAACAACAAAAGCCAUACAUAAAAAAAGUGAGAAGAACAGAGCAGGGCAGAAUAGAGCAAUGCGGAAUAAAGGGAAGUUUGGUAAUAAAGUAAAUAACGAUAACGAUAAUUCAAGCACGCAUCAUUAA